GGAUGGUUAAACCACUGGUGUGUUUCUGCCCUUUGCUGGGAUGAUUUCUUGUGAUGCUGCAGAAGGUUGUAGAGUCCUGAGACAUGGUCUCUCUUAGAAAAGUGGACCUUGUUUGUCCCACUUUGGGAAACUGUUACCUCAACGAGGGUGGGAAUUGCCUUCUGACCUUCUCCCACACCUGCCUCGCCUGGGGAGGAAAGGGUAAAGGGUCUCCAGAAAGUGAUGGGUGCUGCCACAAGAGACACACACCCAGUGUACACCCAAGUCCUUCCAUUUUCUUAGCCUCUCCCCAGGCCUCCAGCCUUUGGCUCCUAGGGUGGGCAGGGUUGAAAUCUGGUCACUUGGGCAGCGCCAGAAGCAGCUACCACUCCCACGACCAUUAGCCCUUCCUCCUUGGUCCUCUGCUAGGUAUACAGGGUAAGGGGGGAGGUCCAGGCUCUCUUCUUGGCCAUGCUGGACUCCCGGGUGAGAUAUGACUCCAAGACAGCUCUUAAGGGUGACCCAAGCCCUGGUGUCAGGCAGGCAAGGGUUAAAAGGUAUGGGCUGGGCCAGUCCCUGGCCAGGUAGGCAGGGCCAUUACCUAGUGGGAGGUGGCCUAGACCUCCGCCACUGGGCUCACCACUUAUUGCCACUACCAGCGGGAUCAGGGCCUGGUCGAAGCAACUUUUUUUUUUUGAGGUACCUGAGGCCACCCCACAGCACCUCUCUGACUGGGCCACAGGAUGGAGUUGGGACAAGGAGCAACUCACAGACCUUGCAGUCAUUCGUUUAUUCACCCAGCAGACACUCCCUGAGCACUUGCCGUGUACCCGGAAGUAUUCUGAAUGCCAGAGAUACUGAUACAUUUUCUGUUCUCAUAAAGGCAAGACUCCUGACGGUGGCCCAUGGGCCUCUGAGGAGGUGUUGUAAGUCCGCCCAGCUCCCCACUUGCUGUGCUCCCACUCAAUGGGAAGGGAACCGAGGUACCCGGGCCUUGACAUUGGCACAGAAUCUGAGAGGGCAGCCCAAGCAGGCCUUGUCCAGCCAUCAGUCACGGCAUCCUGACAGCUUCAGGAUGGAAGUCAAAGGUCAGCUGAUCAGCUCUCCCACCUUCAACGCCUCAGCUGCCCUGUUUGGAGAGGCUGCCCCCCAGAUGAAGUCAGAGCGUCUACGGAGUCUGCUCGACCGGCAGCGGGCGCUGCAGGAGGCCCUGAGCCUGAAACUGCAGGAGCUACGGAAAGUGUGUCUCCAGGAGGCGGAGCUGACUGGCCAGUUGCCUCCCGAGUGCCCACUGGAGCCUGGUGAACGACCCCAGUUGGUCCGCCGGCGCCCCCCUGCAGCCCGCGCCUACCCGCCACCACACCCCAACCCAGCACACCAUUCCCUGUGCCCCGCCGAGGAGCUGGCGCUUGAGGCCCUGGAGCGAGAGGUGUCUGUGCAGCAGCAGAUCGCCGCAGCUGCCCGCCGCCUGGCCUUGGCUCCCGAGCUCAGUGCCGAGCAGCGCCGGCGCCGGCGCCAAGUCCAGGCAGAUGCCCUUCGGAGGUUGCACGAGCUGGAGGAGCAGCUUGGGGAGGUCCGGGCCCGCCUUGGCCUCUCGGGGCUCCCGCCAUCCCAGCCCCUGCCCCUGUCCACCGGAGGAGCCGUUAUCACCACCCAGGGAGUCUGCCUGGGCACGCGCCUCGCUCAGCUCAGCCAUGAGGACGUAGUUCUGCACUCGGAGAGCAGCUCCCUCUCAGAGUCUGGGGCCAGCCACGAUAAUGAGGAGCCCCGUGGCUGCUUCCCUCUGGCUGAGCGCCCCUCACCGCCCAAGGCCUGGGACCAGCUGCGGGCAGUCUCUGGGGGCAGCCCUGAGCGGCGAACCCCAUGGAAACCACCCCCAUCCGAUCUUUAUGGGGAUCUGAAGGGCCGGCGAAACUCUGUGGCCAGCCCCACCAGCCCUACACGCUCACUGCCCAGGAGUGCCUCCAGUUUUGAGGGGCGAAGUGUGCCUGCUACUCCCGUCCUCACCCGGGGCGCUGGCCCCCAGCUCUGCAAACCCGAAGGCCUCCAUUCUCGCCAGUGGUCCAGCAGCCAGGACUCCCAGAUGGGCUUCCCACGGGUGGACCCUGUCUCCGACCGCACCUCCCUCUUCGCAGCUCGCACCCGCCGCAGCAAUAGCUCCGAGGCCCUGCUGGUGGACCGGGCAGCGGGUGGGGGAGCUGGCUCCCCGCCGGCACCUCUGGUUCCCCCUGCCACCGGUCCCCCAGUCUGCAAGAGCAGUGAGGUGCUAUAUGAGCGCCCCCAGCCAAUCCCCGCCUUCUCCUCCCGCACGGCUGGCCUCCCAGACCCUCCCCGCGCUGCCCGGCCCAGCUCAGCCGCGCCGGCCUCCCGCGGGGCCCCCCGGCUCCCACCCGUGUGUGGGGACUUCCUCUUGGACUACUCCCUGGACCGGGGCCUGCCUCGCGGGGGCGGCGGGACAGGCUGGGGGGAGCUGCUGCCCACAGCUGAGGUUCCAGGACCCCUCUCCCGCCGGGAUGGGCUCGUCACCAUGCUCCCAGGCCCACCGCCUGUGUAUGCAGCUGACGGCAACAGCCCCCUCCUCCGCAGCAAGGACCCCCAUAGCCGUGCCCCCCGCACCAAGCCCUGUGGUCUGCCCCCGGAGGCCGCCGAGGGCCUGGAGGCGCAUCCCAACCCUCUGCUGUGGAUGCCCCCACCCGCCCGUAUCCCCCCGGCCGGUGAGCGCAGCGGCCACAAGAACCUUGCCCUGGAGGGGCUGCGGGACUGGUACAUCCGGAACUCGGGACUGGCCUCGGGGCCCCAGCGCCGGCCUGGGCUCCCCCAAAUGGGCCCGCAGCACCCGCCCUUCCUCCAUGCCCGCUGCUAUGAGGUGGGCCAGGCACUGUACGGGGCCCCCAGCCAGGCGCCGCUCCCGCACUCGAGGAGUUUCACGGCGCCCCCUGUCUCCGGCAGGUAUGGGGGGUGUUUUUACUGAUGGGUAGGGGUCUCUUGAGGCAGAUAGCAAAGGUGUCCAGGCCAGGGAGCAGCUAGUCAUGGUAGCUAAUGACAGGGACCACGAAAGAAGUAGCUGCAGCCUUGGCCUGUGGUCCCUGGGCCCUGCCUGACCCGCGUUAAUCUGUGGGGUCUCGGCGGAGGGGUAUCUUGGGCCCCGGUAGCAGCAGUUCUUCACCGAACUAUUCAAGAGUUGUAAGAGUUGAACAGCCAGUGCAUGUCAGCUGAAAAUGAGCCUUGAAACUAGGGUGCUGGGAGGAAGGGUUGUCCUGUGCCCCUCACCUUUCUCUUCCUCUUUUCACCACGCCCCGCACCUGCGAGCCUAAAGGUACUCUCCUGUGCCUGCUUCCACCUCUUUAACGAGCCUCUUUUCCUCUUUCUGUGUCUUGUCCGUCUUUUCCUCUGUCCGGUCUUCCCACCCUGUCUUCUGGAUUCCUGCUACCCCUUCUAAAGAUACUACGCGGACUUCCUGUACCCCCCGGAGCUGAGCGCUCGUUUAAGUGACCUGACGCUAGAGGGGGAGCAGUCCUCCGGUUCUGACCCCCAGACCCCAGGAACACUGGUCUGACCCCUUCUGACAUGCCCCUUAUUGGCCUGGGCAAGACUCCAGUUUGGGGAGCGCACAGCUGACCUCGCUGAGCCCUGGGAUAGGGUUGCUGUCCCUCCUGGAGGUGGGCACCAACCUGAUCUUCCAAGGCCCCUGGCUCCCCGUGGGCCCAUAAUGGUGUCUGACACCCUGCAUCUCCUUUCAUGCUGUGCUGGGGACUGGGGGGCCCUCCUCCAGCUUAAAAGAGAGGAGGUGAUGUAAUGGAGACUCCAAGCCCCUUCCUCCAUUUCUGUUUACAGUUGUGAUUUAGGUAUUCACUGUCUUCCCCCAACACUUGACAUUUUAUAAAAAGGGAAACUGUGAUCUCAUCCUGGUUGGGUUCAUUCCUGUCCCUGUGCCCAGCCUGCUCCAUUCAGGAGCCCCCUCCACAAAAUGGACCAGAUAGGGUCUUGGGGCCCAAUUUAGGGCAGUCAGGAGACUGAUGUGAACAGAACUCCCUGCCACCCACCCACUGGGACAAUGUUUUCUUGGCAGAGGUGCCCACAUUUGGAAGGAAUGAAGUCUCUGCCCACGUGUGGAAGGACUGAAGUCUGGGUGGGAGGCUUGGGUUCAUUUUCCCUUCCCCAGGGGUGCCUGCAGGUGCCCCAGACCUUGUCUGUCUGUGCCCGCUGCCUCUGCCCACAGAAUCAGAUGGCUCAGCCUUUGGUGGCAGCCUCUGCCCUCUUCCCAAUCGGGAAGCCCCACAGGAGGACCGAAGGGCAGAGCUAUUGGGUGUUGUGUGUCCUGGAAUGCUGCGGUGGUGGAACCUAGCAUCUAGUAGAUGCCAAUGAAAUCCUCAAGUGACGUCUUGCCACUGGCUCCAUCACAUCUUCCCUGGCUUUCCUUCCAUCCACCACUUUUUAAAAAAAAAAAUCCACACAAGCUGUGUUUUCUAUGAUAUCUUUCUGUGACUUUCUGAAGCUGGGGGUUCCUCUACCCCCUUUACCUGGUGUGAAAACUUUUCUUUUUGUACCAAUGGAUCUGGACCCAAAACACUACCCACAUUGGAAGGGGAUUUCUAUAAUAAAUGUGUAAACUGAA